AAGCUGAGAACAUACUAUAAAACUUCAGUCAGUUGUUGUAUAUUGACACUUGUGGGUGUCCUGAGUUGAGUACAAUAUUUUAUUAAUUUAAAAUGUGCAAAUUCUCUUAUUGUUGAGUGUUCUUCAUCAUUUAGUUUUAAAAAUAUAUAUUAAGACGUGAUUAAUAGUGAUAAGUGUUAAUACUACAUCACAAUGAGUGCCAAAAAAGCUGUUGACACAAAAAUUUUCGACGAUGAAAAUACGGACUCUGGUUUCCUUUCGGGGCCUCUUAGUGAACAAAACUUGACGGAAGAAUACAAUCCAGAUGAAGAUUCAAAAGAAACACAUGACGCAGCAAUAGAUACACUAGAGCGAACUAGUGAUAAACAAGAAAAAAGAAAAGACGACUGCAAGGAUAAUAAAAGUAGUAAAGAUUUGUUAAGUCAACAUGAAGAGUUCGAUAGUGGGGUUAUUUCUAUGGAACUGAAGUCUGGUGAAGUAGAUUGUUAUGAGACAACAUCAUCACAUGUCCCUGUAGAGCCCCUGAUAGUGAUUGAAGAAUUUAAAGGUGACAAUUCAGUUCAAGCUCAAAAAUAUGAUCUACCUCCAAUCAAAAUAUUGUUUGAACAAGAUGAAGAUGGUGAUACACAACUUCAUAUUGCUGCAGUCCAUGGAUGUGCCACAUCUGUUUCCACGCUAAUAAAGAUAUGCCCUGAGAAGAAAUUAUUAAAUAUUGUUAAUCGUUAUGGCCACACAGCACUGCAUCUUGCAGUACUUGCAGGACAACCUCAUAUCACAAAAAUGCUUGUGGAAGCAGGAGCUUCAAUAAGUGUUAGAGACUUCAAUGGAGAGACACCGCUUCAUAUAGCUGUUCAAAAAAAAUAUAUGAAAACUUUAAAACUUCUUCUGGAACCAUUAAAAAGAACUCCUCGGGAAUAUUUUAAUGUAUUGGAUCAGAAGAAUUACAAUGGUCAGACGUGCGUUCAUCUCGCAGCUUCAAAAGGUUACAUAGACGAGAUAAGGUUGCUGGUAUCCUGUCGAGCUAAUAUAAAUGCUAAGGAGGGAUUAGCUGGUCACACGGCACUUCACAUCGCAACACGGAGGCGCGACGAGGACCUUAUGCGGUACUUAUUGACUGAGACAGUGGCGGACCGGGGAGUAAGAGACUACGCGGGUCGCACAGCAAGACACUUCGCUCGCAAAACUACCGUGGCACAUCUCUUUACUGAUGACUAUUCUGAUGAUGACGAUUAUGAUAGCGAUUCAGAGAAUGAGAGUGAGGUGGAUAGGUUUGAGGAGAUGCAUCAGAUGAUGGCUGCUUGUACCACGACGUGCGCAUAACAACACAAUAUGUGCAAUUCAUAAACCAUAGCUUUAACUAGAGGAGAGGGCAGAAUGUUUGUUUGACGUAAUUGACGGCUAGGACAAAUGUCAGACGAAGUGGCGAAGCUAGUCUUCUAAUCGAAAUGUUAUAAGAAAUAAUCAUUUAAAAUUAUGUACUCCAAUGUGAGUGUAUCAAAAGCGAUAAUGUUCAAUACAUUCACUCCUAUGUUUUUAUGAAUUACACAGUUCGGUGUUAAAGGGGGUUUAAAAUAUGAAAUUAUGUUAAAAUCCAAAAUUGCGCUGAAAAACUGAUAGAGCGCUUGUAAAUAUAAUAAUUUGAACAUAUGUAUUUAUUCCUUGUAGUUAUGUCGUUGAUAAGUUCAAAUUAUUUUAUUUGGCUAUAUCAGUCAUUGCCAUAAUGAUAAGUAUACUCGUGAACCGAAUGUUAUUUUAACUCGCUAUCAAAAAAAUAUAACAAAGUAGGUAUUGAUGUCAUAACGCGGAAUAUUUUAACGGUUAAAUAUAGUCUAGCAUAACAUAUUAAAUAUAUAUAUAUAUAUAUUUAAAAAAAUGUUUGACAAAUUAGGGGCCGUUCAAGUAUUACCUAAGCUAAACUCAAAAAUAAUAGUAAUAUAUUAUUUUUUUGUAGGAGUCCUCGAAAAAUGCAUUUUGGUUUCAAGCUUAUACAAUUUGUGGAUAAUAUGUGUAAAAAGUAAAUAAUUACUAUAGAUGUAAUCACCAAAUAUAAUUCACACACCCUCCUCCAAUAGUGCUUAUGUCAUACUUGAAUGGCCAAGUAAUGUACAGUCUCUUGACCAAUGCCAUUAUGAGGUCGUGUAGUCUUCCUUUAAAAUAAAGAUUAUUAAAUAUCUAUAUUACUUAUUUACUGUUUUAUUGUAUGUUUAUACUUAUUAAAUUUAUAUGAUUGUGAGUACUAAAGGAAAAUGCUUGAAACUUCCGUUGUUUUGAAUGAUGUAAGAUAUUACUCAUAUGGAAUUUCCUUGGGGUUUCGGGUGUAACAUUGUUGUUCACGGAAAAUAACCUGUUGUUUAAGAUUAGGCUCCGAACAGACUUUUGCUUAAGCAGUGACGGAAGCUUAAUUUUAUUUUCGAUGUACUUUAUACUCCGAAAGUUUGACAGUCUCUCUCGUUUAGGAAGUUACUUAUGGAUUUUAAACUUGUUCACUUUUUGCAGCUAUUGUAUUUUAAUAGUUUUAUAAAUUUAACAUGUUAAAAAUCCGAUGGUAGCAAAAUAAAUCAUAUGUUGAAUUGUUAAUGUCAUACCAGGUGCAAGAUAGGUUGAUAUUUAUUGCGCCUAGUAUAAGUUGAAAUUUGAUUCGUGAUUAAUAUUGUUGUGAUGCAGUUGGAAAAUGUUAUCUGGAAUCCUAUAUCGAUAAUAUUCCGUUUAUGUUAUGAGGUCGAGAUAAUGGUCGUAAUCAAUGUACGAUGAAAGCGAUAACACUAAUUGAGAACUUGCAUUGUAAAAUGUCUAUAAGACCUGUAAAAAAUCCGUUAAUUUUGAUAAGAAAAUGUUAAUUGUUGACAUUAUCCCUAAAAUGUCGCACUUGCAUUUUAUAGUUCUAAAAAAAUAUACUACCUAAAUAUAACUGUUUGCGUUGUAGGUGUUCAUUUUUUCGGAAUUUACGAAUUAAUUUUUAUGUAGAAAUCUUUGUGCCUGUAACUAGUUCCUUCUUUCUGGAAUCAUAGAUGAUAUCUUGUUGACUUUGUAUGUGUAACAAAAAGGUUUUUGUCAAAUCUUAUUAAGUAUGUAUAUGAUUUGAAUUAGUAUCUCUCACACGCCCUUUAUUUAGAGGUUAUUGUAUUUAUAUCUAUUAUGAUUAGUAUAUAACUAAUGUCUAUUAUCUGAAAUAUAUGUACUUUAAAAAUGUAA